ACCUGAAUCUUUGCAACAAUGGCAAACUCAGACAGUGAGGUCAAGACGUUGCUGAAUUUUGUGAAUUUGGCAUCCAGCGACAUUAAAGCGGCUUUGGACAAGUCCGCUCCGUGCAGACGCUCUGUGGAUCACAGGAAAUAUCUGCAGAAACAACUUAAGCGUUUCUCUCAGAAGUACUCCAGGGUCCCGAGAUGCCACGCGCACAGGUCUGCCGAGUACGGAUGUGCCAAACCGGUGGGGACUGUCCACCCGAGUGUGAAGGUCGCAGAGAAGGUCAGACCGGAUGCGCAAGGUGUGGGGAAUGCGGGGAGCGCUGUGGAGCAGGUGCCUAUGAGGAAACGCCAACUACCAGCCUCAUUUUGGGAGGAACCCAAGUUGACGCAAACUAAGAAGGAGCACUCACUUCUAGGGUUAAAAAAGAACCCUGCAGGCACACCUGAGGGCAGCGAAAACGAAAACAGGAAAAGGAGUUAUGAUGAUGAUGCAAAGGCCACCCUGUCUGCGUCCAGUCGACGCAACUCUGCGGACAAAGACUCGCUGAAAUUGGACCUGACCUCUCACCAUUGUGUGAGUGUGUGCGGGUGCUGCCCCUACCAGUACCACGGACACCAGGUCCUCCACAGUCACAUUGUUGUCCCCCAUCCGCCCCUGGGACUGUGGAGCAAAGCAGCAGGGACUGAGAUAGAGAGACCCGAGCAUCCUUAUGGACAGAAAAUUCACACGCACGUUGUGGUCAAACCCAUACCGACCAAACCCACCGUGCAGUCACCUAUCUUCAGUGUGUUUGGAUUCAUUUAAAUGCUCUACUAAUGGACCCGUCACACAAAACAUGUGUAUAUAGGACUAAUUAUUUGCAUUUUUCAUGUGUCCUCACAGCCAACUCUUCCUCUUUCAACAUUUGUACGAGACCCUUCCUCAAGCACUUAUUGGAAUGCUUCGUCUAUUUUUAUCUUUUAAAUCUAAAGGACUGAGUUGCACUUGCAGAAUAACUUCAUCAUGUUCACUUUCAUGCCAGUCUGAUGCCUCCAAGUAUCUGAAAACUGACAGUAAGUUAAAAGCUUUCUGCUUUUAGGUCUCUACAGAGAAUGACUGUUGUUUUUUUAAGUACCAAAAGUCAUGCAA